GAGGGAUUAUCAUUAAUUUGCCAAAAUCUGUAGAGUACAAAAAGACCAAAGGGCAGCAUCUCAACAGUGUGACUAGCUGUUGAACAAUGGCAGGAAGUUGGUAUGCUGUUCAGUCUCUGGCACUUUGUGUUUGGUUCGGUGCGUUCUGUCAUGCUGUUCCAAAGUGGAGUAAUCUUCCCCAGAAUUCUCAAACUCUGAUGUUCCAGCAAACUGACCAGCGGUUUCAACAACCAGUUCAACAGCAAGCUAGUCAACAGUUUUCUCCGCAGUUUCAACAGUCAGUUCAACAGCAAGCUAGUCAACGGUUUCCUCAGCCAGCUCAACAAGCUAGUCAGCAGUUUCCUCAGUCAGUUCAACAGCAAGCUAGUCAACGGUUUCCUCAGCCAGCUCAACAAGCUAGUCAACAGUUUCCUCAGCAGUUUCCCCAGUCGGUUCAACAGCAAGCUAGUCAACAGUUUCCCCAGUCGGUUCAACAGCAAGCUAGUCAACAGUUUCCCCAGUCAGUUCAACAGCAAGCUAGUCAACAGUUUCCUCAGCAGUUUCAGCCUAAGCAGCCAGUGGCACAGGCAGAGCCCCUUGACAAAUGUACUGUAGCUGAUUAUGAGCAGAUCCAAUGUGGACCACCUGGUAUCAGUGGUGCUGAGUGUGCAGCUAUCAACUGCUGCUUUAAUGGACAGCAGUGUUACUAUGGGAAGGCAGUGACUGUCCAGUGUAUAAGAGAUGGUCAGUUUGUGGUAGUGGUGGCUAGAGACGUUACGCUGCCUCGAUUGAGCCUGGAUUCAGUCCGUCUCCUGGGUGGAAAUGAUCCAGCUUGCAGUCCUGUGGGAUCCACACCUUUCUUUGCUAUAUAUCAGUUCCCUGUCACUGCAUGUGGCACAAGCAUGAUUGAGGACAGUGGAUAUGUGGUGUAUGAAAACAGAAUGACCUCCUCGUAUGAAGUGGGUAUGGGACAACUUGGUUCCAUCACAAGGGACAGCCAUUUUGAGCUUCUCUUCCAGUGUAGGUACUCUGGUACUUCUGUGGAAGCUCUGGUUGUGGAGGUCAACACUGUUCCUCCACCUCCACCAGUAGCUGCUCCUGGACCCCUCAGAGUGGAGCUUAGACUGGCAAAUGGUCAAUGUGUCACCAAAGGCUGUGCAGAAGGGGACGAGGCGUACACGUCCUACUACAGUGAUGCUGAUUAUCCGGUGACAAAAGUCUUGCGUGAACCUGUGUAUGUUGAGGUGCACAUUUUGGAGAGGACCGACCCCAACAUUGUCUUGAUGCUGGGACAUUGCUGGGCGACAUCAACCCCUAGUCCACUCAGUCUACCCCAGUGGGACCUUCUGGUUGAUGGAUGCCCUUACCAGGAUGAUCGUUACCUGACCACAUUGGUUCCAGUGGCUGGAUCAUCUGGUCUUCAGUUCCCAACCCACUACAAGCGCUUUGUUGUGAAGAUGUUCACAUUUGUAGAUCCAGCAUCACUGGCUCCUCUGCAGGAAACGGUCUUCAUCCAUUGCAGUACAGAGGUGUGCCAUCCCUCUUCUGGCUCUUGUCAGCAAAGUUGCUCCAGGCAAAGAAGGGACGUUCGUUUAAACACUACCACUUCUGGCCAAACUGUGGUUUCUAGUGGAGAAGUGAGACUGAUUCUAUGAGUAUUUAAUAAAUGAUAUUAAACAUU